AUGGAGUCAUUGGAGUGCUCAUCAGAGUGGAAGGCCGUCUUCCCGGUCUCCGCAGUCUUUACUCCUCCUCUCCUCCUCUCAGGCCCUUCAUCCAGACAAGCUCUGGGUCCACUGGUUUUCAACCCAAAGCCCCAAACCCUAACGCACCUCUUCUCCUCGCAGUCUCUCUUGCCUCACUCUCUCUCUUCUCCUCCCCACCUCUCUCUUCCCAAAUUCCUCCUCAACUCGUCCAUCCCCCCCACAACUUCCUCCUCUGUCUCCUCCCUCGUCGGGCACCACGCUGCCCAUCAAAAUGACGCCGCUUCUCACCUCCUUCACAACCGCCUCUCCUUCCUUCAGCAACCCAAUUCCAAGUCUGUCAUUGUUUUCUUCCCUACUGGUGUCAAUUUUGAGCAAGUCGGAUUCUUGGUAUUAUUGUUGGAUGGUUCGGGUUCCAGUUUUGACGUUCGGGUCGAUAAGAAGGGCAGCGUCUUCAGGGAAAAGACUGGGUUUGAGUACCGGAUUAACAAUAUCUCGGUGAACCCCAUGGUUGAAUCAAGUUUUGGGUCCUCUGCUAUUGUUGGGUAUUUGAUGGUUUCUACGUUGUACUCUGUGCAUUGGUUUGCUGUGAAGGUUAAAGAGAUUGGCUUGAAUUGGGAUAGCCCGAGUUUGGUUUGCUUAGGUAGUAAGGUUUUCAAGAGUUGCUCUGUGGUUUGUGCUUGUUGGAGUCCGUAUGUGCCAGAGGAGAGUGUGGUUUUGUUGGAGAGUGGCUCAUUGUUCUUGUUCGAUUUGGAGCCUUGUUUGAAAAGUUUUGCCCCGAGUGCGCGUUUUAGAGGGACUAGGUUGCGAGUUUCUUGGGAUGAUGAGUCGGGUACUUCGGGGAGUCGCAAAUGGUUGGGUUGUGAGUUCAGUUGGCAUUGUAAGAUCUUGAUUGUUGCUCGGUCCGAUGCUGUGUUUUUAGUUGAUUUGAGGCUUGAUGAAUGCGUCGUGAUCUGUUUAGCCAAGGUUGAGAUGUUAAGUAAUUAUGCAUCGGUUGAAAAUGAAAGGUUCCUUUGUUUUAUGAUUGCUGGUUCUGAUGGCUUUCAUUUUGCAUUGGCUUCCCAUAGUUUGUUGCUCCUUUGUGAUGUGCGGAAACCGAUGAUGCCGGUGUUGCAAUGGGCUCAUGGUCUUGAUAAACCGUGCUACAUUGACGUGUUUAGAUUGUCUGAGUUGAGAUCAAACUCAAGGAAUGAAACGUAUCAGUGGGCUUCUGAAUCAGGUUUUUGCAUUAUAUUAGGAUCGUUUUGGAAUUGUGAGUUUAAUCUCUUUUGCUAUGGACCUGCUUUACCAGCCCCUCGAGGAAACAUUGCGUCUGAAAUUUCAGAAAUUUCAGAAACCAUUUAUGCAUGGGAGCUCCCUAUGGACCUGUUAUUGUCUGGUCGUGAAUGCAGAUGUGGAAGUUGUCUUGUAAGGGAGGAGAUUUUGAAGGAUGAUCUUCCUGAAUGGAUUGAUUGGCAGCAAAAGAAAGAGAUAGUUUUGGGCUUUGGCAUCCUAAACAAAGGUCUAUCUGCACUGCUUGCCGAGUCUGAUGAAUUCGGUGGUUUUACACUGAUAAGGCUUAUGUCUUCAGGAAAGCUUGAAUUACAAAGAUACUGUGCCUCGUGGGAUUCUGUGAAGAAGUUGAAAGAAUUUCACAGAGAAUUUUUGCAAUUUGAAGAUAAUUUCCUUUUUACCACGGAAGAUGGGGAAUAUAGAUUUCCCAGAAGAUUUAAGUACCUGAACUUUGAUAACCUAUCUGCAUAUUUGAAUGGUAACCUUACUAAAGUCCUGGAUUCGAAAAUUAAAAAUCAUCAAAAGGGUCCUCGAGAGAAGGAAACCUUUAGUACAGAAGCUCAUGAAAUCUUAUGUGAGAAGUUGAAGGCUUGUGGCUUUGGUCGAUUGAGAUCAUCUCCCGCAGUUGCAGUUGCUUUUGAUGACAUAAGCUUGCCAGCGAGCAUACACGAGGUUGCUUUGAGGAGACUAUGGGCAGGCCUGCCAAUAGAACUUUUGCAACUGGCCUAUUCCUACUACCCUGAGUUCCUUGAAGUACUAGUGGACCAGAAAAAGGUAGCUUUGGAAUUUCUAGUUGUUCCAGACCUACCUCAAUUGCCUCCUUUCUUCCUAAGAAAGCCUUCACACCGAAGCAAUAAAUGGUCACGGAAAGUGCAGCGAGAUGAUGCUCUUGUUGGUCCAGUACUUCCUCUUCCAAUUCUACUUGCACUACAUGAGUAUCGUAAUGGCUACUCAGAUUUGGAAGGAAUGGAUGGAUUUUCUUUAGAGAAGGAAUUUAGCCUGAGAUGUGAUGAAGUCAAGCAGGUGGCCAGUGAAUUGGCUGUGCCAGAUUCUGGUUGUGAGCUUCGUGAAGAUGGUACUGUCUCCCUUGCUGAUGACAGAGAAGAGACGCGGGGCAGCUCUGAAAAACCGAAACCUUUCUGUUUAUAUACUCCAGCUGCAUUUAAAUACUCUACCAUGGAUUACACAAUGUGCAAUACCUUCAGUGAUAAGAAUCUUGAUAUCCUGAUUUUUAAAGUUCACGAGAAGAAGCAUGUUCCUCCCGGAAAGAUGGAAACUGGUGUGCCCGAACUGUUUGAUGAUCUGUGCUCCACCGACCUGAGGUUUGAUGCUUGUGUCAUGAACACCGGGCAAAAUGAAUUGAAGGCAUACAAUAUUCUGAAGAGGCAAUGGUCCAAAUGGCAAGAUGGUUUUAGUUUAUAUCAGGAAUUUUGCUCUCUGACCAAAUUCCAAAAGCAAUCUACAUGAUUCUUUUAGUUUCAGCACUCACACUACUUGCUUUGGCAUCACUAGAUGAAAAUCGCGAAUCGGAAGUGCUACUUAAACUAGAGUCACAAUGCUGAUGCCCAUAAACC